AAGUGACAUUUCUGAUUUUCUAUCCUGCAAGUCGCAUUGAGCACGUGUGAAUUUUUAUUAUUAAAUUUAAAAUAGUUUUUCCAAAAAGCAACUAAUAAUAUUGUUGCGGAAUGGUUAUUUUGGAGAAAAGUUUUCCACGAGGUGGAGUGCAAAAUGCUACUCCAGUUUCCACUGAUAAAAAGGAAAAUAUUAUUUUCGGAGCAACACAACUUAAGAAGAAAUCAGAACCCAAGCAGAGCACGAAAAAAUCACAGGAUGUGCUCCCGGAAGAAGAAGAUCGCAUCGAAAUUGCAUCUGCAGGAGUCGUCAACUACCAAACCCUGCAAGAUGGCAUGAUAAUGUUAGGAAUUGUUAAGUCUGUAGACGAAAUUUGUAUUAAGAUCUCAUUGCCUGGAAGGAUAGUAGUUAAAGUUCAAGCCUUAUCCAUAUCAGAUUCCUACACAAAGAACGUAAGUGAGUUCGUUAACAAUCCCGAUAAUGUGGAGAAUUAUAAGCCGCUCACUGAGAUGUAUAACGUUGGCCAACUAGUGUAUGGCAAGGUAAUGGAAGUCAAAGAACAAGUCAACGGCUAUACUGAAGUCUGCUUUUCCUUAAAACCAAGUGAUGUUCACUCUGAUCUGGUCCACUCUAACAUUAAAAAAGGUUUCGUUUUUAGUGGUGCUGUCGAGGAAGUUCAAGAACACGGUUAUAUAAUAGAAACUGGAAUCAAGAACUUACGGUGCUUUCUGCCUAUUGAAAAAUCAAAGCCAGGACAUGCUGUUGGAGAGUCAAUCUUUUUGAAAGUCGAAGAACUAAAACAACACUCUUCGGCAACCACAAUUCGUUGCAAAGAAAUUAGCGAGAGUCAUCUAAAGAUCAAAGAUCAGAUUGAACCUAAUUUGGAUUACCUCCUGCCAACUGCUAUUGUUAAUUUUACAGUCACAAAGCACCUUAAAGAUGGACUGCAGGGGACUCUGAUGAAUGGCGCAUUCACAGGAUACAUCAACGAACACAAUCUAAAAGAAGCGCUCGGUUCAAUAGAAGAUUUCAAAUUGAAUUCAACUCACAAUGCUCGCAUACUCUAUGUUGCUCCGUUGACAAAGUUUGUCUAUUUGUCUUUGAAUUUGUUCGAAUCUCAGGAAUCGUCGACAGUUUUCCAGAAGGGAGAGAUCGUGAAGAAUGCUGCUGUUCAUCACAUUGGAAGCGGUGGAAUAGUGGUUGUGUUGAAUAACAAGUAUAAGGGCUUGAUAUCCAUGAAAUCGAUCAAAGCCAAUCACACUGGCAAUUUCGACAUGGAUCAAAUGCUUAAUAAGUACACUAAGAAAUCAAAGCAUAGCGUACGGGUGUUGGAUUAUGAUUUUGUUGGUGGAUUCUUUAUUUGUACUGAUGAUCCAAAUGCAGUCAAUGAAAAAGUAUUCACCGCCGGUGACAUGUCGCCGGGUGACAUAGUGACGGCCACUGUUGUUGGGAAGGAAAUAAAGAUGGGAGGUUAUACGUUACAAAUUGGAAAAGUAAAUGGAGCUAUUGAACGUAUAUAUCUUUCGCCGACAAGCACUGGACUAUCUGAGAAGUCUAAGAUUAAAUGUCGUGUAUUAGCUAUCAACUCCGAUCGUAAUUUUGCCUAUCUUACAAAUUUAAGCGAAUAUUUGACAAAAGAUUGUAAAAUUCUAAACUCUAUCGAAAAUGCCAACGUUAAUAGCGUUUAUUUGGGUACAGUUGUAAAAUGCGAGACAAACUUUGCCGUUGUAAAAUUCUUCAACAAUAUUAAGGGAGUUAUUUAUUUUUCGAAACUCAAUGGCAGUGCUACACUAUUUGAGGGUCAAACAAUGCAUUUCCGUAUUACAUCACGUUCAGAAGAUAACAUUGUUUUGAGUCUGCCUGAGGAUAAAUUUGAACUUGGAGAAUUUUGCAGGGCAACCGUAAGCCAUGUGAUGGAUUCUGGAUUAGAGAUUCAAGUUGAAAGUAAACAAGAAGACAGCCUGAGUUUAAAAGCACUCGUACCGGAUCGUUUGGUCUCAGAAUUUCCCGAUUUAACUGCCGUCAAACUAAGAACGUAUAACAUUGGACAGGAAAUCACAGCUUGUUGUAUAUCGAAGAACGUUUUUAGCAUAAGAGAUUUGCAAUAUUUCCAAGAGGGAACAAUUGAGUGGAAGCAAGUAGCCGUUGGAGACAUAUUGCGAGCAUUUAUCAAGAACGUUGACAACGAUAUCAUAGAAAUCGUAGUUCCAAUCAAAGGCUUCUCCAAGACCGUAAAAGUUCAUACGAAAAUGUCACUGAUCAAAGCAGUCAAGCAGGGAAGUGUUAUUAUGGUUCCAGAACAAGUUAUUUAUGUUAAAAUACUGAGCAAAGAAACAGCAACAAAGACGCUUGGAGUCUCGGCAAAGCUAUCUGAUGUUUGGGAUGGGAAUUUAGCACAGACCGGGGAAUACUUCGCAAAGUAUUUGAUCGAAAUCCAUGAAAUCAAAAAGGCAUUGAAGAAGGGAAGCAAUCCGAUAGCUAAAUUGACAAUUGGAGAGAAGGUCUUAGCAACAUUUCAAGGAACGAAUGCAGACACAGGGGAUUGGUUGAUGGAGGUGGACAAAAACAAAGUGGUGGGUUUGAUAAAGAAAUCGUUGCAAGGCAAGCAAAAGCCAGCAAAGGAAGGGGCUUUAGUGGAAUGUAUUGUACUUUGGGUGGACUAUUUGAAUAAUGUUGUUUAUCUAAGCAGCAAUCCAAACGAUGUGAAACGCAUAACAAAGAAUAGAAACAUUCCAGAGAAUCUUGUUUAUAAAACUGGAAUCAACGCUAAGGUGAUGUUAAAGUUGGACAAUGCAUUAGUGUGUUCGCUUAAGAAGGGAGAGAAUCCAUUGGCGUAUGUUCCGACACGGCUGCAUUACAAUGAUUUCGAAGCUGGCAGUACGAACGCGGUUAAAGAAGGCGAUUUUUGCAAACUUAAUUUCAUUCAUGAGAAACUUCCCAUAGCUGUGUUGGAAGAAACUCACAAGUUAUGGAAUGACAUGUCAAAAUACAAGAGGAAAAUAGAAAAGAAGUUGGAAGAAAUGCCACCAAUAAAGAAAAUGAAGAGAGUGGAUAAAAAAACAAAUGACGAUGUACCAACAGAAACAGGAACAGUUACCAAGACCCCUUUGUUUUAUGAAGAUCGAGUUCCAAGCAUAGUUGAUACUUCAAUUGAACCUCCUCCUUUGAAACGGAAGCGGACAUUGGAGCAGUCACGAACUCCAUUGCAACAAGAGAAGAAAAAGGAGUCUCAAACAAUUAUCCCAAAGAUAAAGAAAUCUUCUGGUAAAGAAACACUUCCUGGCGCAACAAAUUUCUGGUCCACGGAUCUAAAUAGUUCAGCUACCACCAAAUCUGACGACAGUAGCAGUGAUAAUGAUGAUGAGCCUUGUGGUGAGAGCGAGACAAAAAAGAAGAAGAAACAAACUGCCGCUGAAAAAUUCAAGGCUGCACGUGAAGAAGAAGCUCGCUUGCGUGAAAUUGAAGAGAAAUAUGCGAAUCCCGAUAUCCUGCCCGAGACCACAGACCAAUUCGAUCGUCUAGUAUUGUCCGGACCAAACGACAGUAAAAAUUGGAUAAACUACAUGGUAUUCCAUUUGCAAGCAAUGGAAAUAGACAAAGCCAGGGCAGUGGCAAGGCGUGCUUUGAAAGCUAUAUCUUUCCGUGAAAGCGAAGAGCUGGUGAAUAUUUGGGUUGCAUUGUUGAAUUUGGAACUACGUUAUGGUACAAAGGAGAACUUCAACGAUGUCCUUAAAGAAUCAUUGAUGAGUAAUGAUCAAAUGAAAAUUUACAUGCGUGUUUUGGAGAUCCUAGCAGAAGCUAAUAAGACACAAGAAUUGAUAGAAUUGGUUGGUACAGUUACAAAGAAAUUCAAAUUGAACAUGGAAAUGUGGAAGUGUUGUGCGAUAGCUUUGUACAAGGUUGGCAUUCAUGACCGGGCGCAGCAGAUGAUGCAUAAAGCUUUGGCUGUACUCCCAGAAAGAGAACAUGUUAAUACAAUUGUCGCAUUUGCAAACCUUACACACAAAUAUUCGAAAAAUCCCGAAACGGCUCAUACCCUAUUAGACCAAGUUGUUACAUCGUAUCCAAAACGUGUUGAUGUAUGGUCACAGCUUAUAGAUAUGUUAAUUAAGGAUGAACAAAUUGAAUCUGCAAGGCGAACACUUGAGAGAGCUGUUAUACAAAAAAUACCGCUGAAAAAAAUGCGUACAAUAUUCAAAAAGUUCUUAGAAUUCGAACAACAACACGGAACACCGGAAAAUGUUGAAAAAGUGAAAGCUCAAGCAGCAGAAUAUGUAAAGAACAAUUCAUAAAUAACUAUAUAUUUAUACAUAUUGUUGUUACAUAAAAAAGAAAACUUUAACUUAAAUAAAAGCUAUAUUAAAUGUGCACAUUGUGUAAAGACA